AUGAACAGCUGCAGGCUCAUAUGGCGUUUUCUGCAAAGGAGGGCUUUUUACACUAUCGUACUUCCUGCCUUCAACUUCUUCGCGCUCUUCCGUCCCAUCUGCUAUGACGCCCCGCGUCCCAGUUCCGGUCGAUCCUUUCUCAAGUUGCUCCCAAUCACAGGGCGCUCCACUUUAGCCUCCAUGUAUAUCUUAUACCUUCCGGAACAUCCUUUCCAGCUCAGCGAAGUCGCUCUCUAUAAAGAGUACAGCUCCGGCCAAGUGUUCUUCGUAGGCAAAGUCGUCGACAGCAGAGGAAGAGACGUCGGACACGUCUCGGCGGAACGUUGCACAGAGUCCAUGCCGCAGCAGUGGUACAUGAAUGAGCCAGGAGACUUCCUCUCCGUUCAGAUAUCCCGACGCACAUUGUUCGGGAACUAUCAUGCUCGCGCGCGCAAGUCUCGGACGUACAAGCUGUCAGACGCGGAACGCCCCGACUCCUUUCUCCACCUCGUAAACGCCUGCAGACUCGCCGACCAGAAAUACAAUCACCUCCCGGAACAGUCGUUCUGGUACGCCGGCUUCCUGUUCGCGCUGCUGUGCGACGCACCGACGGAGGACGUCCGGAUGCGAAAACACGCGUUUCUCGCGACCACUGCGCAGAACUGGGGGAUUCCCGCGACGACCAUUACGGAUAUUCAGAAUUCGGCGAAUGACGCCAGCGGCAUCGCUGCUCAACUGAAGGCUGAUGCAGUCAGAUUAUGGCACAUCCGGAACAUGACGGAGGAAGAGUACCAGGAGGAAAUGAAGAACCUGGAUGAAGAGAUAACGCAGAAGUAUAGAGCAGCGACUAAAGAGCUUGAAGAAGCGGGGGGGAAGUAUAGAGCUGAGAUUGAAGAGCAUAAGGAAAGGGUGCGAAAGUAUGGAGCAGAGGCUGAAGAGCAUAAGGAAAGGGCACGGCAGUAUGGAGCAGAGGCUGAAGAGCACAUGGAAAGGGCGCGGAAGUAUAGAGCAGAGGCUGAGGAGCUUAAGGAAGGGGCGCGGAAUGAUGAGGCAGACAGACAUUAA